AUGAGUAAAAAGAGCCUGAUCAGUAAGGUGAAGUGUGACUAUUUCCUGAAAUUCUCAUUUGCAGGAGCAAGGAAGGGGGCAGAGGCAGAAAAUCAGCCAACAGCAAUGGAGGAGGAGGAACAGCAACCCAUACCACCCCCUGAUGGAGGAUGGGGAUGGAUGAUAGUGCUUCACUUCUUUCUGGUAAACGUGCUCGUGAUGGGAAUGCUGAAAACCUUUGGAAUUUUCUUUGUGGUCUUUCAAGAAGAGGUGGGAGGCUCUUCAGAACAAAUCAGCUGGAUCGGCUCCAUCAUGUCCUCUCUUCGCUUCUCAGCAGGUCCACUGGUCACUAUAGCCUGUGGGAAGCUGGGGGACCAGCUGACUUCCAUCAUUGGGGCAGGCCUAGUUAGCAGUGGUUGUCUGAUCAGCACACAGGCCACUAGUAUCUCCUUCCUGUGUGUGUCUAUGGGACUUCUACUGGGGCUAGGCUUUGCUUGCUUGUAUCAAGCAGCUGCUGUGAUGACUGCCAGGUACUUUAAAAAGCGACUGGCUCUAUCCAAUGCAAUCGCUCGCUCAGGAAUGGGACUGACAUUUAUACUAGCACCUUUCACUCAACUUCUGAUAGAUUUUUAUGGUUGGCAAGGUACCUUACUGAUCUUUGGAGGGAUCAUGUUAAACCUUGUGCCUUCUAGUAUGUUACUGCGACCUGUUAACAUCAAGAAUCUCCAGGACUUUUCUGGUAGAAAUGUAGACAGUGGAUCAUUAACACAAAGUAAACGUCCAGCAACUCUUACAAGCCACCUAGAUGAAAUUAGUACCACAGAAACACAGUUUAAUACUAGACUGGAUUCUCCUAUGCAAGAUUCCACUGUCACAAAUGGGCUCCACUCAGCUGGAACAUUAGGAUCACUAGUUCCAGUGAACUCUGCUGGUUUGGAAGGGUCUGAGAGAGAAACCUCCAACUGCUACGCUCCUGGCGGAGACAGUGACAGGGCCUGCAGCUAUAACAACCUUCCACUGCAAAAGGAAUGGAAUUCCCACUCACGGCCAGUUCCCUGCAGGCAGCCUCUUCUUGAUUUCUCACUGCUGAAAGAUCCCUUCUUCUGUAUUUUUGCCUGGUCAUUUUUGUUCAGCCAGCUGGCCUACUUCAUUCCCACCUUUCACCUGGCAGCAAGAGCCAAAACCUUAGGCAUAGACAGCAUGGAUGCCUCUUACCUCAUUUCAGUGGCUGGGAUUAUAGAGACAGUCAGCCAAUUGCUUUCUGGCUGGAUUGCUGAUCAGAACUGGAUCAAGAAGUAUCAUUACCAUAAGACUUACCUUCUUCUGUGUGGCAUCACUAACCUGCUCGGUCCUCUUGCCACAUCCUUCCCAUUACUUAUGGUCUACACAGUAAGUUUUGCCAUUUUCUGUGGAGGAUACCUGGCUCUGCUGCUCCCUGUGCUGGUAGAUUUUGUAGGUGUCCCCAGACUCCACAGUUCUUUAGGAUUUGCCUCAUUCUUUGCUGGGAUAGCAGCCAUCGCUGGACCUCCUAUAGCAGGUUGGCUGUAUGACUACACUCAGACAUAUGCUUGCUCCUGUCUCUUUGCUGGAACAUGUUAUCUCAUCGCACCCAUUUCCUUCUUCUUCGAGCCUUCGGCCCAUAAAUGGAAGCUACGGAAAGAAAAGGAGUUGAACGAAGUGACCACUUAGCAGAGAGGCUCUGCUGCAGUUGAAAGAAAAGAAGAAGCCUGACUUCAGUAUAUGAUCAGAAGGUGAUAAUUAGGACAGACUUUUCACUAAUUCAUAAAAGAUGGUAGAAAAAUGAAAACUGACAUUUGUCACAACAAAAGACUCAAAUGAGCUUAUUAUCCAUAAAUGUUAUUUCAUGAGCGAGUGGUGUUUAAGAUCAAGAUGAGCCCAGCAAGAUGUGCAUUUUGGCUAACAAGACUUUUUGUUCCUAAAAUAUCCUCAGUUUGGCAUGAAGUCUAGUCAUCUCUUAAAACAACUUCACUGCUUCUGUUCUUCCUCCAGUGUAUAUUAUCUCAUAUGUUUAACAUGAUUAGUAAGAGCCUUUGUGUUAAGCAAUUCAUUUCUGCUUUUCCAGCUUGCUUAGCCAGUGUCCUUAAGCCUGAAGGGCAAUCUAAACCCAGUCAACCCAAACAUAUGGAGUUAAAAACAGACUCACCUUUCAACAUAAAGCAGA